CAGGCGCGGCUCCAUCGGCGCUUUGCCACUUGUACCCGAGUUCUCGAUCUUCAUCAUGUCGGAGACUGCUCCUGCCGCUCCCGCCGCCGCGCCUCCUGCGGAGAAGACCCCGGUCAAGAAGAAGGCCGCCAAGAAGCCUGCUGGGGCGCGCCGUAAGGCGUCCGGACCCCCGGUGUCCGAGCUCAUCACCAAGGCUGUCGCUGCCUCCAAGGAGCGCAGCGGCGUGUCCCUGGCUGCGCUCAAGAAGGCACUGGCGGCUGCUGGCUACGAUGUGGAGAAGAACAACAGCCGCAUCAAGCUGGGUCUCAAGAGCCUGGUGAGCAAGGGCACCUUGGUACAGACCAAGGGCACUGGGGCUUCUGGCUCCUUUAAGCUCAACAAGAAGGCGGCCACCGGUGAGGCCAAGCCCAAGGCCAAGAAGUCGGGCGCGGCCAAGCCCAAAAAAAGUGCUGGGGCAGCCAAGAAGCCCAAGAAGGCCACGGGCUCGGCCGCCCCGAAAAAAGCCGCUAAGAAGACCCCGAAGAAGGCGAAGAAGCCGGCCGCAGCUGCUGUGACCAAGAAAGUGGCCAAGAGCCCAAAGAAAGCUAAGGCUGCCAAACCUAAGAAGGCUGCCAAGAGCGCGGCUAAGGCAGUGAAGCCCAAGGCCGCCAAGCCCAAGGUUGCAAAGCCGAAGAAGGCUGCACCCAAAAAGAAGUAGGUUGCUGAACGUCUGCUUCUAAAACCCAAAAAGGCUCUUUUCAGAGCCACCACGGAUCUCAAAAAAAGAGCUGUGUACUUCAACUUUGGUCCUACUUGUCUUGUCGCUCUACACUUAAACCUUUCUAAUUUUUAAUCCUAAGGCGGGUUUGGGCGCGAGCUGAGGCGGACACUACCUUGGAAGGGCGGAGAGGCCGGCGGAGCAGUGCAGUGGGCGAGUAGACAGACCCUCGGCCCAUCCCUGUGGGGUAGCAGCACCUUGCUGGGUCUGCCUCCCCGUCAGCAGUUUGCAAGGGCUUUCCGGCGCCUGGCGCACUUGGGACAUCCGCCAGCCCCACCCCUCUCCUGUGAACAGCAAAAACAACCACAAAUACAUUCAGCCAGUUUUCAGGCCGAAGGGAUAUUCCGAUUGGGCUAAAAACCCAUUCAAAAGUCCCGCCCAGCUACCGGGUUGGCUCCCUGCUCCAGCCCAUGAUUUUCACGCUGUGUUUCAUUGGAUGGUGGCCGGCCUCCAUCCAUGUUCUAUGUUCUCGGAUGUUUGUUUUCUUACUGUUGCAUAAACCCUUUUACUUGAUAGAGCCAAGUGGUGUUUUUCAGCGGUUUUCCAUGUAUCCGAAAGUCAAGUUGGUGUCUACUGAGGGCGUUGGUAGCGUCCAACCCUGGGAGGAGAGUGCGUGCUGGCGCCCUUGCCCCACCUCCUUCCCCGCGUUGCGUUCUUUUAAUUCCUGUUUACCGUGGCAGUAAAAGAACAGGUGAAAAACUGCUACGCCGGCGGCAACGGCUCCUCCGCCCAGGGCAAGGCUAGGCUAGGGAUUUUUUUCUGUUCCUCGCAUAGUUUAACUUUGGAUAAAUGUGUGACGGUUUGGGGCACAUUAAAAACAACUUUUAGUCGGCCAUUUUGUCCUGGCGGGCCGGUCCCAAGUCAUUUUAGGUAACUUUAACAUCUAAAAAUCGGAGAUGUUUUAAAUGUAUUUUUGUGCAAUCCAAAUGUUUCUACACGAAAGAGAAAAAUAUUGGUAAGGUAUUGGAAAUGGGGCGUGAUUUCUCUAAUAAAGGGCUUUAAUUUUCAUUAA